AUGGUGGUGAUGGUGGUGGUGGUGGCCUCGUGGAGACAGAAGUACUAUUCAGAACACCUGUUGAAGUCAUUAGAGGGGCCCUUACCUGCCGACGAUCCGGAAUUACUUCAUUACCUUCGAGAACAGGUGCUGGAGCCGCCCUCUGCUGGCCCUUACAACCCCGGCAUCGACCUCCUGAAGAUACCAGUGGCCAGUGUUGCUUUCUACAAUAGCAGUGUUGAGGGGCUGUUUGGUGGUGAGCGCGGCGGGUUCUUCGUGGAGGCGGGGGCGCUGGACGGAGAGAGCAUGUCCAACACACUGUGGCUGGAGCAGGAGCGGGGCUGGACGGGGCUGCUGGUGGAGGCUGACCGCACCGCCUUCCUCGCCCUCAGGGACAAGCGGCGGAAGGCGUGGGCGGCCAACGUGUGCCUCGCGCCCACGCCCUUCCCGGCUAAGGCCGCCUUCCGCACCAGCAGCCAGGCUAACAGUAAGGGCCUCAUCGUGGACAUCAAGCACCGCGCCAUGAACAGCCUCGUGGAGUUUGCUGACGAGAAGGUAGUGUCCAGGUCGUGGUUCACAAUGGUCCAGUGCGUGCCCCUAGAGUCACUCCUGCUGGCUUUGGGCGUCGGGCGGGUCCAUCUGCUGGUGCUGGACGUGGAGGGCGCUGAGAGGGCCAUAAUGUCACACCUGGAUCUGGGCCGCUUUGAUGUACAGGUGGUGUUUCUGGAGUGGAAGAAGAUGGAGGAGGUGGAGGAGGUGAAGAAGGACAUGGCGAGGCGAGGAUACGUGUUGGAGGCGAGAAGGACAGAGGACUUCGUGUUUGUCAAGAAGGAUUCACAGUAUGAGGGAAGACUAAGGAGGAGACGGCGAGGAAUGGCUGUCUAUAACUAAGCUAAGGUUAAAUUCGUAUACCUGUUAACCCUUUCAGUACUGGGACACAUUUCCACCUUCAGAUAUGUAUACGAUUAGACCAUUUCACUGACAUUAAAAAGGGUGUAUGGAGGUCACAAGAUUAAUGGCCACAGUCUUCACUAUUUUA